GUGUUGACCACCUUUGACUCUGGCAGUUUCCGGAAUGCUGUCAACGCAGAGUUCUUGCGGACCUUGGAGCAGAAACAGGCGACAGGUGAGCUAGGCGACCACAGGGUGAUCUCCAAGAGAAUGCCUUGCGAACGACGAGAAGUUGGAGGGGCAACCCAGGGCAUGCAGAGUGCCUACAACGAAGUAGUCGUGAUCCAGGUCGUCUUCAAAGACCCUUCUGGUCGGACAGCUACCGUGCCGAUCGUUUUCUGCGUGAUGGAGGGUCUCACAGCUGAUCUCCUCCUUGGAUGUCCAACUCUAGACCGCCUGUGGUACGGCAGCACCCGGGACAGUAUUGAAUUGAGAGCAUACGACAUCGAAAUUCCGAGCGUGGUGCCUCAGGAUCUGCAGAACCACAGUGAACGAGUUGCGGUUUUGACGGAUUCCGUAAUCAUCCACAGCGCAGAAAUGCGGGAACUGUGGGUCCCGACCAACGCAGACCCCGACAAGGACAGGGUAGUGCGCGGAGCGCCACACCUACCGGCGGAAGUCGUAGUGGCGGAAGGCCCCGCUAAGAUCCAAGACGGCCGUGUGAAAGUAUUCGUAUCUACUCGGACUCCAGACGCCGAGGUGGCUCUGGGCACUUUCGAAACGAUAGCGGAGCUCCACGAGCCUACAGAGGCUGACAGGGAGGACCAAAGAACCAUCCGCAGCUGGAGGGUGAACGCCUUGCGGCGGAACUCAGAAGCAUUCGGAGUAGAAUAUCUGAGGGAGCAGCUUCGCCCGGCAGUCGCCUCGAACACGUCCUCGCGCUCCCGCGGCGCCGAUGCUGGUCACGCGGACGCAGUGGCACACGAGCUACUCCAGGCGCUCGGAGAACAGCCGCGGAUCUGGGGAUCGGAGCCCCAGGGUCCGGAACUCAUCGGCAAAAUGGGUUCCGGCAGCUACAAGAAGCGUUGGCGCGCUGCUGACAGGGCAGCAAUGUUCCCCAAGCUACAGGAAGAGAUAGAAAAGCAGCGCCACGCGCUAGCAACCCGACAAGCCUGGAAUAAGUCGUCACCGGAAUGGAGGACACGCGUCCGGGAGGUAGCUCAGGGCAAGUUCGGGGGGACACCUGAGGAGUGGAAGAUAUUCGCACGUGAAAUCCUGGACAAGUACGCUGACCGUUUCUGGGAGCCCGGCUGUGCAGCGCCGCAGAUAAAGAAUUUCAAGGCAGACGUUGCGCCGAAGCCUGGGGCGAAGCCUUCGGCUCGACGCCCGUUCCGGCUGAGCGAGUUUGACGAGGCUCGGCUUGAGUACAGGCUUGACGAAUGCCGCGCUUCUGGUCAGCUGUAUGACGUGUCCCCAGAGGAUGCCGGAGAAUGGGCUUCACCAGCGUUCAUAGUGGAUAAGGUGGGAGAUGUCUUAGGAAGAGUGGUCACGGACUACGAAGGGCCGAACAGGGAAACUGAAGACCACCCAGGAGUGCCAGCAGACGCCGACGAGGUGCUCCGAAAGGCAGCCCACCGCAAAUAUCACACUACAAUGGACAUGGUCUGGGGGUUCUCUCAACUUGAGCUCACGGAUAGAACCCAACGCAUUCUCACGAUCGUCACACGCCAAGGGUUGCACAGGUGGAAGUACCUUCCUUUCGGGCCCAAGCAAGGCCCUGGAAUCUGCCAGUCAUUCAAUGAUUUCGCCUUCGGGGACUUGGAAGCCACGAGCAUUUUCGUUGAUGAUUUCCACACUGGCAGUGACAGCUUCGAAGAGCACCUGGCCGACCUCAGGAUGCUGCUGGAUCGGGGCCGGCAGCACGGGGUUGAGUGGCGAUUAUCGAAGUGUUCGUGGUGCCAACCGAAGGUGGUCCUGAUAGGUUUCGAGAUGUCUGAAGAAGGCAGGAGACCGGACCCGUCUAAGGUCGAGGCCUUGCGCAAUUGGCCAAAAGAGACCGAGCUAGCCGAUGUCAGCUCGUUGUUCCAUUUUGCCAAUUACCUUCGGGAGUUUAUCCCUGGAUUCGACACUAUUGUGGCCCCAUUGAAACCGUACAGGCAGAAAGGGGCCAAGUGGGAGGACUACGUUCAGGACAAUAAGGCGCAGGGUGCGGCAGCGAAGCUCCGACAGGCUGUUGCCACUCACACGCCUCUGAUGAAUCCUGAUUACGAGGCUGCGCGCGAUUACGUGCAAAGCGGACGUCCUUUCAUCUUGUUUGUCGACGCCAACGACUUUGGAUACAGCGGAGUGUUGUGCCAGGCAGACUCCGUGCAUGGCACCCCUCGUCCAAUCGCAGUGCUGUCCAAAAGCUUCACAGACACCCAACAGAGGUGGACGGCUAUGGAGAGGGAAAUGCACGCGCUGUACGAGAGCGCCAUAUGGAGCCAGAAGUUUGCCAAAAGCUUCCGCGUGUUCUUGUUCACAGACCAUAAGAACAACACCUUCCGGUCGAAAAUGCAACCCACCAGGCGGGUCUCGAAGAAAUUGCUUAAGAUGUGCAUCGAGAUAGAACCGCUGCUCAUAGAGCGGGUGUAUCUGGCUGGAGACGAGAACAUUCUAGGAGACGCGGUCUCCCGUGCACCUGCCGACCGCGAGGCCGAGGGGCGCCCGGAAGCCGAGGAAGACACAUCCGCGGAAGUCGUGGCGGAAGAGACCGGAUCGGUACCGGUACCGUCGAAAAUCUUCCUCGUAGACCUCUUCGGAGGCAUUUCGUCCUUGCGCGUGGCUGCUGUGGCAUCUGGAUAUGACAUUUCUGGCCACGUGCACGUCGACAUCAACGGGUCGGCGUGCAAGGUCGUCGGGGAUCGGUACCCUGACGCUCAGCUCCUCCGAGACAUACGCCCCGUGGCAGAAAAGGCCAAACAGGUCGCGUCGGAAUGGGUUGGUCAAGCGACCGAAGCAGGAGCGGAGUUGAUUAUCCUUGGUUGUGGCUUCCCCUGCCGAGAGUUGUCCGGGGUGAACCUGAAUCGUCGUGGCUUGGACCAUGGAGAAACGGCGCGGUUCCACGAUGCGAAAACCAUAGCAUCUGCCGUGCGUGCCUCAUCUGUGGAGGCCGGAAUGGUGUGCCACAUGUUCUUUGAGAAUGUGCAGUCGAUGCCGGCAGGCGUGGUUGAGCGUAUCACGCAAGAGCUUCGUGAAGUAGAUCCGUCGUUCGAGUUGGUCGCCAUGGAUUCCGUAGGCCUCGGCUGGUGUAGGCGGCCCCGUCUGUGGUGGACGACGUGGUACGUCCAGCGCUUCGAGGAGGAAGCAGAGACCAUUACCAAGGGACUUCGCCACCUCCAUCCUUCACUUCCUUUGCCACGUCUGGAUACCAUCUUGGAGGACGGCUUCGCGCCCCGGUGGCCGGAAGACGGUUCUGAGGAGGCUCGGAGGUUCCACACCUUCACUCGUUGCCAGCCGUCCGACGCCGAGCCCUCGAAGCCGGCUGGUGUGGCGACGACCUCACCGGAGGCUCUGGCACGUUGGAAGCACGACAAACACCGAUACUCCCCAUACCAAUACGAAUCGCACCUUUUGGUGUGGAAGCAGGACGAUUGGAGGUGCCUGAACGGCAACGAGCGUGCCAAAAUGCUCGGGUUCCCGUCUGGGUAUCUUGAUCUAGGACAAUUGGAGCCUCUCAGUCAAGACGUCCAGUGCCAGUUAGCCGGUGAUGCCAUGAGCAUUGGUGUACUGUGUAGGCUCUUUGCCUCUAUGGAGCCUGCUCCUGGUGCGUGGCCGCCCCGUGCCGUGACCCUGGUGGAGGGUAAGCCCACGAUUGGCGACCUGACAGUGGCCGAAAACGAGCCGAAGUCAUCAGACGACCCUGCCUAUGGCCCUCACCGCCUCGGAUCGGUGCCGUGGCUGCGGGAGGCCCACGAUAUGAACCCCACGCUGUUGGGAGUGGCGGACGCCCGGCGCGCGGGUCUGUAUCCGUGGCAGCCGGCGGCUCCGAGUCAACCCAAAAGCAAUCGCCAGGGUGACGCUCCGAAGGAGCACCCUGGGGCGCUGUCCUUGAUCGAUGUGGAGCGCUGGAGGACAAUCAAAGGACAACCCCACGGUAGCUCUUCCUGGCGCAGCGAGCGUUACACGGCACCUUUCAGAGUCCUCCAAAUCGACCUCGUGGGGCCCCUCGAGCCCGUCAGCGAGGACAAGUCGUGCAUCAUGACAGUGAUCGAUUGUUUCAGCUUGUGGGUGUGGCUGGUCCCAAUCACCGACAAGACGCCGCUGACUGUGGCGACGGCCCUGUAUAACCACGUGUAUCUGGACCUCGCCGGGUUCCCGAUGAUACUCCGGAGCGACAACGGUAGCGAGUUUGUCGCCGAGCUCACUCGUGAGUUGAACCGCCUCAUCGGCACGACGCAAAUCUUCGGGUCGGCGUAUCACCCUCGAUCGCAAGGUCUUGUAGAGGGCUCACACAAGCCAAUGGAAGAAGUGCUGCAGGCAUAUGUGGAGGAGUUCCCAACAGACUGGUGUGGGAAGCUUCCAAUCGCCAGGUGGGCGUGGAACACGUCUGCAAAGAAGUCGCUGUACGGAAUGAGCCCAUACCAGGUGGUCGCGGGAUUGGUACCCAGGAGCCCCCUGGCAAGCUUCCUGAAGUUGCCGGCGAACGAGAAGGUAACGUGCCAGGAAUAUGUGGCAGAGCUCAUAAAAGCGACAGAACACAUCCACGAACUUGUGCGCACUGCCCAGGAGAGGCGCGCAGAGGAAGCGCACGCUCGGGCCAUGUGUGGCCGGGCCCAGCCGCCGCUGCAGGUGGGGCAAGCGGUCCUGCUGCGCGGCCCACCAGCCACAGUGAAGCACGACGGCGAGGUACAAACCGUUUCCAAGAAGCUGCUGCCGAAGGCACGGCUUGAGGUCUUCCAGAUCGUUAAACGAGUAGGGGAGUCCAACUACAUUCUUGGGGACGUAGCAACAGGGAAGGAAACGACUGGCUUCAAACAGCCGGUUCACGCAGAUCGGCUUGUGCCCGUAGAAACCGGGGCGCUCACAGAGCCGAUGUCUGACGUAACCGCCGUGCAGGUGGAAGGAGCACGUGGCGUGUUGCGCCGGCAGGCAAUGGACGGCAGGGUGUUGGUAGAUUUUGGUAGCCCGCGAGCUGAUGAUGAUUUCGCGCGGAAGUUCAAGCAGCUGGGAGCCGCGCUUGCGGAGAGCAAUGGUGUGUGGCUAGACUUGAGCCGCUUCGAAUGGCUCCCGUGCGGCGCGGAAGGGAUCGGAACCCUGACCGAAGCGCCCGCGACGCCCCGAAAGUGGGCACUCCCUCGUACCAUCGUCGUCGCCAUCUACAUCAUCACCCUCAUGGUUCUCUCCUUCACUCGCGCCGGGGGCGGCGGGCCGAAGGGCACGGUGCCGAAUGCGCAGCUGAAGCCUGGGCAAUGCCGCAUUUGCCUCAGAUUUGGACACUGGGGGAACGAAUGCCCGAUGAAGGAUGUGCCUUGGAGGAACCGGGAGCAGCAUCCGGCAGCGACGGAGUCGAAAGCGAGCAGACCGGCAUCAGGUUCGCACACUCCGUUCCCGUGGAGGAGCCAGGACUGGCGCCCAGAAGCGACGCAGUCGAAAGCGAGCAGUCCGGCAUCCGGCUCGCACACACCGCCUCCGUGGAAGAACCAGGAGCAGCGUCCAGCAGCGGCGCAGGGCGUGCCUCCCUGGCAGGGAGCCAGAGGCGGCGCGGCGCGCAGCAAAGCCAGGCCUCAGGAGCCGAAGGGGGAGGAUCGGGACCUCCCAGGGCCAGCUGCGGACGGCUCGCGCCAGAAGCGGAAAGCUGCUGAGACGACUGAGGAGAAAGUUGCCAUUCAGAAGGUGAUGAUCAUUGACACCAAGACGACUCCGGAAGACAGUGCAAUUCUGGACAACACCGGUCGAGGCGACGACUCGCCGAGAGAAGAAUACGACGACACAUUCCCAGAUUGGGAAGACCGGUGAGUGAGUGAACGUGCUGUGCUGCCUAGGCGGCAGGACUAGCCGGCCCAACACGGGCGGGUAGCUUUUCUGUAGGAGAGGCGGCGGGCACUGCGUGGCGAACAGCGCUCGCGGUGGGGCGCGCUGCGUCUCUCCGACAGCAUGUGUACCGCGAGCAGUGCAGUGUAGCAUAGAUGCGAGCAGAGGGUGCAUGCAUAAUUGCAUUGCUUCCCAUGGCACGUUUGGCUCAAGGCUCCGAG